AUGAAUACCCGAUUAUUGCUUGCUGGUCUUGCUGCCAUUCACCUUGCUGCUGGUUACAGCAUAUCUUUCAGGCAAUUCAAGGUGGCCAGAGCCGUCCAAAACAUACAAGGCGAUGACACUGUCACUAACACGAGUGGUUCUGAUAUAUGCGGUGGCUCAGUCCCCAGUUCGAAUGAAGUCAAAUCUUUGCUUUUCACAAGAGAUGGUGCUGCUGCCUGUAAUAAUGCCGAAAAUCGCAAAGAUAUUAAUAAUACAGACAAUAUUGAUGCAACCGAUCGUGACUACCAGAUGCUUCAGGUUUCUAAGCUUCUUGUCGGUCCCAAUGAUUCAUCCGUAAUUGUUGAUAGCCAUACGAUCAUGAUGACAGUUAAGGGCAACGAAAACGGAGUCGGCUCACAUAAAUGCAAGAUUGAUUCAACUGGUACCGGCGCGGGAAGCUGGACUGAAAUGGAAGUUACCUCCAAUUCCACUGAUAAAAUCUCUCUAGAUGGAGUAGCUGAUGUCGAAAUCCGAGCUGUUAUUGAUCCCAACCAGAAGUGUACCGGGAGACUUGACGACAAGGAGAAUGUGUGCAUGGUCAAGUGCAGCGACGCUGCCAAUCCUUGGUUGCUUGAGAAAUUUGUUUACGUGCAGAAAGUAGGCGAACAAAAUACACCCACGCCGACUGAUCCAAACAGUGACAUUCAGGCUCGGGCUACAGCGGCUUUUAGUCCCAAAAUGUCGAAUUUAGUGGCGGCAUCCGCGUUUACAAUGGCAGCACGGCCAAGCCACAAGUCAAAGGCUAGCAAAUGA